AUGGCUGUCGGUACUUCAGAUAGCGUCUGCCCCACGCUCCGCGAUGAACCCCUCACCGAUGAAAAACCCCAAGAUGACGCUGCUUCAACGCCAAGCCAAGGCGAUGAAGAGAUUCAAGCUUGCACGACAGACGACCCAGGUGAACCCCCAGAUGGCGGGCUACAAGCCUGGCUUCAGGUCGUAACAGGCCAUCUCGUCGCUUUCAACUCGUGGGGCUACCUCAUCAGCUUCGGUAUCUUCCAACCCUACUACGAAUCUCAAUUCUCCCUCCCACCGUCGACAAUCUCUUGGAUCGGAAGCUUAGAAGUCUGCCUCAUUUUCUUCAUCGGCACAUUCUCCGGCCGAGCUUUCGACGCAGGAUAUUACCGUACUGCACUCGCAGUCGGCCUCUUCCUCCAAAUAUUAGCAAUCUUCAUGACCAGUAUCGCAUCAUCGUACUGGCAAGUCCUUCUCGCCCAAGGAAUCUGCCAAGGUCUUGGUAACGGAAUCAUUUUCGCACCGACAAUAGCAAACAUGUCGACCUACUUCACCAGCAAGAAGACUAUUGCUAUAUCCGCUGGUGCUUGUGGUGCUGGCACAGGAGGAAUUGUGUUUCCGCUGAUUGCACAACAACUUCUCCCCAAGAUCGGGUUCCGCUGGACGGUGAGAGUUAUGGGAUUGGUAGUUGCUGUGUCGUCAAUGAUUAUCAUGAUGAUUGCGAAGAUGAGACUCAAGGCGAGGAAAGCUGGGCCGCUUGUUGAAUGGGCUGCGUUCAAGGAGCCAGCCUAUGUCCUCUUCGCUGCGGCUAUGUUCUUUACCUUGUGGCCAACAUGGAUCUCCUACAACUAUGCUCGUCAAUACACAACCGAUAAACUCUCCGGCUCAGCAUCAGACUCAUUCCUAAUUCUCAUCGUCAUAAACGCCGUUGGCAUCCCAGGCCGCAUGCUAUCCGCCUUUCUGGCCGACCGUCUCUUCGGCGCGAUCCCAGUCUUCAUACCGACAAUCUUCUCCGCCUCACUAUGUCUCUAUCUCUGGUCACAAGUAUCCUCCUUAACCGGAAUGUUCAUUUGGGUGAGCAUAUUUGGCUACUUCGGCGCUGCGAUACAAAGUCUCUUCCCCUCAUGCUGUGCAAGCUUAACACCAGAUUUGAGUAAAGCUGGAACCAGAAUUGGAAUGAUCUUCUCGAUUAUUAGUUUUGCGGCGUUGACGGGGUCGCCUUUGGCUGGGAAGUUGAUGCAAGCUACGGGCGGGAGUUACAUGGCGGCGCAGAUUUGGGGAGGGUCAAGUAUGAUUUUGGGGAUGGGGUUGUUGUAUGCUGCGAAAAGAGCUGAGGCACCUCACGCGGUGAGUCAUCUCGGUAGCCAGGACUAG